GGAGUACCAGUUGCUUCUACCUUUAACAUUUCCUGCUUCCGCCGCUCUCCCGGGGUCACGAUAAGGAGGAGCGCGGAGCCCACGCCAGCCCCUGCGCCCAGCAAUGCGACCGAGAUCAGGAUUUUCCGCAAGGAAUCCAUGGCCGCCUGCACAGCCAGCGGAGCGCCCACCGGAGUUCCCCGCAGCCGCAAGCUGUUGCCGCGCGGUCUCACUACCCCUUCGCGCAGGCUAGAGCGCCCUAUAGCAGAAACCAUAGAUAAGCGGCCGGCUAGAGAGGACCUGCACAAGGAAAGGUUUAGAAUCCGGAGCGCCUGGGUCUCAGGUUUAGCUGAGGGGGUUGAGGUGUCCAAGAAGUGCUGGCACCAAGGGCUGAGCGCGGGGACCCUGUGUCCUCAAUUCCGGGGUGGGAUUGCUAGGGGGAGAGUGCAUGUCUUCAUGGUUGCCGUGGGUUUUAUGAUUGCCCAUUUUUCUGUCUUCCGACGUUUCCCGAUCAGUAGAGGCCCAAGCUGUGCUCUGUGGUUUUCUGCAAUCACCCGCGCGUUUUCAACACAGCGCAUGGAGGGCAUCCACACACAUACACAUCCCUCUCCAUCCCCUCAACUUUGGAACAAACACUCAAAGUCAAGUGUACUGGUUGGAGAAAUGGGGAGAAGCAAGGAGGAUGGGCUUUGGACUAGAAAUAGCCCAGGCUCCUCCCAGCACCCAGAAAGUCCCAGGCUGCCCAACCCUCUCUGGGACAGAGGAAAAAUUGGCAAGAUUGAAGGUCACCAGCACAUUCAGGAUUUCUCUCAAAAGUCCCAUCUGCCGUCUAUUGUGGUGGAAGCCACCGAGGUGAAUGAAGAGAGUGGGGAUCUCCAUUUGCCCCAUGAGGAGCUGCUGCUGCUCACUGAUGGUGAGGAAGAGGACGCUGAGGCCUUCUUCCAAGACCAAAGUGAAGAGCCAGGCUGGACUUGGAGCCCACGGGACCCUAAAAGUCCUUUAAGAACAUUUAACGCUGGACUCAGCUGGGGGCAGGACCAGGAUGAUGAAGAUGCUUGCUGGAUUCUUGAGGACACAGAGUGUCUGGAAGCCAGCAACCACUGUCCCUUCUGGGACUCAGCAACAGGCUCCCGUGUUUGUAGAAGUGGCUUUGUGGUAUAUUCCCAUCUCCUGCCUCCUAAUAGCUUUGAGGGAGCUGAAGAAGAAGCUGUUCAAACGCCGGCGGGUGUUGAAUCGGGAGCGGCGUCUGAGGCACCGGGUGGUCGGGGCUGUGAUAGACCAAGGGCUGAUCACGCGGCACCACCUCAAGAAGCGGGCGUCCAGUGCACGUGCCAACAUUACUCUGUCAGGGAAGAAGCGCAGAAAACUCCUCCAGCAGAUCCGGCUUGCCCAGAAAGAGAAAGCAGCCAUGGAAGUGGAAGCCCCUUCAAAGCCAGCCAGGACUAGUGAACCACAGCCCAAAAGGCAAAAGAAGACAAAAGCCCCCCAGGAUGUAGAAAUGAAGGACCUUGAAGAUGAGAGCUAAACCUCUUCCACUAGAAGAUUCUCAACUGGAGCCAGCCUUCAGACUCAGUGGUUGUUUCAGAGGACUUUGACAAAAGCAGUGCCCCUUUUCACUCUCCAGAUUUCCUCCUGCCUAAUGGCCUACUGACCUCCCCUAGAGGGAUGUCUUUGGGAGGGAAGAAGGUAUAGAAGAAAGAUUGGAGACGGGCCUCUCUAGCAGUCAACUCCAUUUGUAAUAAAGCCCUAGCACUCUGA